UUUUGAGGCAGCACAUGGGUCUAACAGCUGAUCGGUUUCACGUUACGCAACGUAAAUCCUAACGCAGUGGGCUGGGCGCGUGCACGGCUCCGGUGCCCCGGCGGGAGCGCGCGUGGUGUCUCCGCAAGUGACGUCGGAUUUUUUUUUUGUGCGGGAGCAGUUCUCGUGUGGGGUACGGGAAGUCAGAGCAGCAGAUUUGAGGAUCACUGGUCCUGCUGGUGACCACCUCCAAGACCGAGAUUAUAGCCACUGGAAGAGAUGUCGGGGGAUAACGAAGAGACACAGACCGCCGAGGAGACCCCGGUGGAAGACACGGAGGUGGAAGAUAAGGUGAUUAGUCCUGAGAAGGCAGAGGAAGCCAAACUGAAGGCCAGAUACCCAAAUUUAGGAAAUAAACCCGGGGGCUCAGAUCUGCUUCGCAAACGCCUGCAGAAGGGCCAAAAAUACUUUGACUCCGGUGACUACAACAUGGCUAAAGCGAAGAUAAAGAACAAACAACUGCCGACCGCUGCGCCAGAGAAGACGGAGAUCACGGGGGAUCACAUCCCCACCCCCCAGGACCUGCCCCAAAGGAAACCCUCUCUGGUGGCCAGCAAACUGGCAGGCUGAUCCAUAUGCAUCCUCAGGCGCCCCUGCUGCACCUCCAGGCCCCAUAACCCACUCCACUCAAGUCUCAGAGCUGUAACUUUACCUCUCCCGCCCUUCAUACUUGCACUCUCUCCACUCGCUCCCUGACCUCACCCAAUCAGAGCCCUCUCCUAGCAGCCAGCGAACCAAUGAGCCGAAAGCUUCAAAUCCUCUCUGUUUUUGUUUCACCCUCGUCUGGCCCGACCUCACCAACCCCUACUGACCGCUCCUUAUUUCUUUCUCUGUGUUCUCUCUCUCUCUUCCAUGUAAGAUACACUGUAAGACAAUGUGAGUGUGGCGGAUUGUAUGUGAAGCCUCUGUACAGAAUGUAGGGAUGUUUCUGGGCUUAAGCGAGGGGUGUGCAGCAGAAGCCACAACUCGCCUGUUUUGAAGGCCUUAGGAUGGCGUUCAGGGUCCCUCAAUUUGGAAGUGUGUGUGUUUGUGUGUAUAUAUUUCUCUUCAUUUGGCAAGCAGGGAGGCAUCAGCCUUUUAGAAUGUUUGACACCAGAUUCGUAUUUCUCACUACACAUCCUUAAUCUAAGUGUCAGUACGCUUGAUGGGUUCGGGAAGCACUUACCCAGAGGCCAGUUUUGUUAAGGCUUUUUAGCUAAGGUGACAUAUCAAACUGCAUGUGUGGCACAGGUCUCCCAAAAGCAAAUGUCACUGUGUUAUACUUUAAGUAAUUUAAAAGAAGAAGAAGAAGAAGAAAAAGCAGAUAUUUUAACAAAGGCUCAACAGCCAUGGCGCUGUCCAGAAGCACUGUGUUACAGGUAGAUGAUUCAUUCAUGUUGGCAGAGGUUUGUUCCUGUUAAGACGGCAGUGCCGUUGCCUCAGAGUUCCACUGCAUGUCCGCCCCGGCCCGGUCCCAGUUGUCACGAAUGAAUCAUCGUAUUCAGAGAGGGGUGGAGGGCUGUGUGAGACCGGAAACUCACAGAGUUUGUGAGUGGGGGACCAGUUUGUGUGUCCUAUACGCCAUGCAAGUGUAAAUUCAAGAUUUAAAAAACAAAAAAGGAAGAAAUGUACCAGAAGGAAGUCAUGGAAUGAUUAGGAUAGAAAAUGUCUAAUUACACGUUGAAGUAGUUUAAUUUUGAAAUUGUCCUCAGCCCUGUGUUCUGCUUUUUAAGGGUCUGUACUGACUGGGUGUGGUUUACCUGUGAUGUGGUAAAUCUAAGCUAGCACUACAUCUGUCUAAGCUGUGCAUGUAUAUGGCUGCCCUGCUGUCACUAUGUGCCAUUUUUGUUUUGUAAAUAAACUAGUUUUGCACAAAUGUUUAA